AAAAAAAAAACUCAGAGAAAAAGGGCAAAUGCGCCACAGUGACCCACCGCCGUGACCGCGCCGCCGGCGAGACUCCCCCUCCCAUGGACCCCGCCGGCGACGUCCUAUCCAUCCUCAGCAAGCUCCAGUUUCUCGGGUUCUGCGCCGAUCUACGGAUCGGCGACGCCGCGGCCUCCGACCCCUCGGAGCUGUUCGACGCCGUCCUCGCCGCGUUCCUCCGCGAGGUCUACCCAGGUGGGCGCGUGGUGCGGCCGCUCCCUGCGAAGCUUGGCGACGGGAGCCGCGUCGACCUGCUCCGCCUCUUCUCCGCCGUCCGCGCCGCCGGCGGCUACGACGCGACCUCGUCGUCCCCCGGCGUCUGGGCCUCCGCCGCCGAGUCCGUCUGCCUCGACGCCACCCUCGCGGCGCCUGUGAAGCUCAUAUACUACAAGUACCUUGGCGCCCUAGACCGCUGGAUCCAGAGGCUCGUCGAGGCGCGCGGGCCGUUCUUGGAUGGCAAUGGGAGCAAGAAGCCGGAGCAAUUGUUUGAUUCCAAUGGAAGGGAGAAUCAAGAGCUGCUCUUGGAAUGCAGUUGCAGAGAGCAGCAAGACGCCAUUCUGAAGAGGAAGCGAAAUGACAUGGUUGGGAUGUUGGAUUGGGUCCGGGAGCUUGCCCAGGAUUCCUGCGAGGCAGGCACCAUGGCUGCCGGCUUGACGAAUGGGUACUACUCACUGGCAUUGGCGGCGAGGAAGGCGGUGUUUGGGAAGAGGGCUCGCCGUGCAAGCAUGACGAAUGGUGCACACCUGCAGGAAAUAUUUCCAGUGGAUUGCAAGUGCUGCAUGAGCUCCACUGCUGGCAGAAUUGAGGCACCAGUAAGAUGCAGUCAAAAAAUUCAAUUUGUGGUUCCACAGCCUGGUUCAGAUAUAAAUGAAUUAACAGUUGUAGAGAACAUAAGUGGCUCUUUAGUUGGCAUGGAACAAGGGAACAGCGUGAUUGGACAAGUGAAAUAUGAGAGUAGGAAACAUCACAACUGUGACGGCUGGCUUUUUACAAGUCAGCAGAGGAAUAAAAUACCAGUUGGCUCUGAGUUCCAAGCACAGGUGCCACAAUGGACUGGUGAGAUGCCUGUAAACUAUGACAAUGUAGAAACCAGGAAAUGGUUGGGAACAAAGGUCUGGCCUCCAGAAAAUGAAAACAUGAAAGCAUCACGUUUUUGUGACCCUGUUGGCAAAGGUAGAGAAGAUGUUUGUGGCUGCAACCUUCCUGGAUCAGUAGAAUGUGUUAGGUUUCAUGUUGCAGAAAGGAGAUUUCAGCUGAGACAAGAACUCGGUUCAGCUUUCUAUGCAUGGGGAUUUGAUCUUAUGGGAGAGGAAAUCGCACUUUGCUGGACAAAUAAAGAGGAAGCGAAUUUCAAGGCUUGCGUGCAGCUUAAUGCCCCAUCUUCAGGAAGGAAUUUUUGGAAGCAUCUCCAUACACUUUUUCAGUCAAAAAGUAGGAAAGAACUUGUGAGCUACUAUUUUAAUUGCUUUUUACUUAGGCGUAGGUGUUACCAAAACAGGAUGACUCCAAAUAACAUAGAUAGUGAUGAUGAGGAUGAGACAGAAUUUAGAUUCUUGGGUAACCACCUUGGUUAUUAUGCAACUAAGUAUGACAGUUCCAGGUAUACUGUUUGCAUUGAAAGUACACACUGCAUGGAUCUCGAUCAGUAGAUUCUGAUGAGCACUAACAAAGAUGAUGAAAGUUCGGCAAUUAACUUCUCUCACUGUUGAGAGUUUUGGAUAAGAUCUAAACAGGCGGACUUGAGUUUGGUGUUUAACUUCUCUCAUUGCUAAAGGUUUCUGAAAGACAUAGAGAAGUUGUUUGAAGCUUGGAAAACAUUGACCGAAGCUUGAUCUGCGAGUGAGGUUUGGAGGCAAGUUUUGAUAAAGAAGCCUGGUGUGUAGUGUCACUAAUAUUUGAACAGUCACAUGGAUCUAUUACAUCCACUAGGUGAAAAAGAGCGCAAUGGUAGUGGCUUUAACAAUACUUCCUUAAAGAUUUGGUAUCUUCCAUCUUGAAAAUUCGUGGCCAUAUAAAAAUCUCGUUGGCCACACGGAGAGUAAUCUCUAAUGGUAUAAAGCUAUAAAGUGUUGUUUCGAACUGUUGAAAAAAGGAUUAGAAACCAUUGGUUAGUGAUCCGGAUGGGUAAUCACUAACUGUUCUUGAUCUUUUAGUGGUUUACUUAUGUCAAACGAUUUGUAAUGAAUAACAAUUAGAGAUUGGAGGUAAUCUCAAAUGGUUCA